AUACAAGUGUGAACAAAUAGAAGGAAAAUAAUAAAAAAAAUCUUCGUAUUUAAGAGCUUACAAAAGAAACAACAACGGAAUAGCUAAGAUGAAAAUAUCAAUCGCUUUGACUUUGGUGUAUUUCCCAUCUUUUAUGUACUGCCAGGUAAUCAGUGAGGUAAAGGCGGAUACCUGUAUCACGUUCACCAAACCAAACUCAACUGUUGCCAUGUAUAUAAAGAGAUACUCCAAUUCACUGUGCGUUUUUAUAGAAGGGGAGAUUUUUCCCAAACCAGACGCAUGGAACAGGGCAUUUUCCUGUAAUGAAAGUUUGACUGAAUUGUCCGUCUGUUUCUCCGAUACAAAGACAUCUGAUUAUGGUUGGUUUUACUUAAUCGUCGGAAAUAUUCAAGAAAACAGUACGAAUCUAGAUGUUGAAUAUCCACCAACGGUACGGCAAAUAGGUAUACAGAGAACCAUCGAAGGACGAAACCUAACUGUCACGUGUUCCUACACCGUAGGCAAACCUACUUCUACUAUAUUUUACUGGACUAAGGCCGAUUCAGAGUUUAGAUACGAUUAUAGGACUUUAUGGGUUCCAAACAUAGGAAGGAAAGACUCUGGAACAUACACAUGUUUUGCAGAGAACACCUACAGCAGUGGGAAUAAAGGUACAGCAAACGCCACCAUCGAGAUUGAUGUACAAUACCCACCCUCUAUACAAGCAUUUGAUACACAGAGACCAGUUGAAGGGACAACGCUCGUCAUUCCCUGUAACGUCACUGAUGGUAACCCAGCUGUUACUUCCAUAUACUGGACUAGAGUUGGCUACAGCUCCAAUUAUUACGCCGCUAAUUAUACCCUAUCCACGGUACAGAGAUCACAUUCUGGAACAUAUAUCUGCCAUGCACGUAACACGUACUAUGACAAUUCCCGAGGAGAGGCCGACCAAUCCGUCACAGUCAAUGUAGAAUAUCCACCAUCUGUGACGUCAUUUAAUACUCAAUAUCCCACUGAGCUUUCCGAUUUGUCAAUUCCUUGCUCGGCGAUGGCGGGGAAUCCCUCUAACCAUGUUUAUUACUGGACACGAUCAGGAGAUGACAGCUUCCGGGAAAAUAAUACGUAUCUACGGCUGAACGGAAUCAGCAGAAAUGAAAGCGGAACUUACAUUUGUACAGCAGUUAACUCCUACUCGACAGGAGGGGAGGGGAAGGAUUCUAAAACUUUGUCAGUAAAUGUCCAAUACCCACCAGUCGUGUCGCCCCUCCCUAAUGUCAAACGGGUGGAAGGAGAGCAUAUCAGCAUAUGGUGUAACGUCACUUCAGGAAACCCUUCUUCUACUACAACUAUUUACUGGACCAAAUCAGGAGAUUCCGGAUUUAGGCAGUCGGGUUCAACACUAAGGUUCAACUAUAUAAGUAAAAGUCAGAGUGGAACAUAUUCAUGUGUCGCUGAAAACAACUACAAUAACGGAGAAAAAGGGGCAAACCACCAGUCUUUCUUUUUGGACGUGUUGUAUGGCCCAGUCCUUACUCAUGGUCAAACCCUGAGGGUUUCCGAGGGACAAUCAGCCCGGAUGUCCACCUCAAUAACCAGUAAUCCUGCCUCCAACGUUUCCUGGUUCCGGAUCCGUGACAACCUCCUUGUAUCUUCCCAGCAAUCGGUCAAUGGCACCACUAGCUACACCAUCACAAGGACAGAGUGUACAGAUACUGGAUCAUUCCAAGUGGUGGCCAGUAACGGCGUACAGUCAAACCAGUCUACAACAGUCAAUCUUUACGUCUACUGUUCACCGCGACUGACUACAGGUAGGAGCUAUGUGGAACUAUACGUAGGCAGUAACCGCUAUCUGAACGGACAGAUUUCGCUGUUGUCUUAUCCACAACCUACCGCUUCUCUUACACUCCCGAGUGGCGCCCCGAACACUCUCGUCACUAUAAGAAGUGUUACUGCAGCAACCAAUUCUUUCACAAUCAUCCUGACCAAGUCAAAUCUUCAGUCGGAUGAUUUUGGGACGUACGUUCUAAGUGUUGCAAAUCAAUACGGAAGAAGAACAAUAUCCGUCAACAUCAUUCCUAUAAGUAAGCCGUUCCAUGCUACCAAGGUGUUGGUAACUUGUGGACACGGACAGGCUCUAGUUACCUGGCAGUCCUCGUAUUUUGGUUAUAGAAGACAGUAUUCUCUUGUCCAGUAUUCCACUGAUAACGUCAAAUUUAUCAAUGGAUCUGAAAUCACUACUGAAUACACCAAAGAGGAAAUUCUCCAAACAUCCGUGCACAAUCUACAGGACAGUACACAUUACUUCUUCCGAGUAUUCACGAUGAACACGCACGGGUUUUCGACGUCCAUACCGACCAACUGCUCCACGGCAGCAACUCAAGAGAGUUCUUCCACGUCCGUUGUCGUAGGCAGCGUUUUAGGAUCACUGCUAUUCCUAGCCAUCGGUGCAAUGGUUUUCAUCUCCUACAAAUACAUCUCAGAGAGAAAAGCUUCCGUAAGGUCGUAUGACGCCCUUCAGAGGGAGAAAACCUUCGCCGACAACCAUUCAUAUGAACCUAUUGAUUUUAGUGAUCAAGGGGUUUCAACUAACGAACCAAAAGAUUCAAAGAAGAUUGAAUCCAAACCUAUCAAAACCAUUACAUUGAAAAAAGAAAAGAAAACAAAAAAUUUAAAAUUAGAAAGGCUAGAUGAUUUAGAUAAAUCCACCGUCGUCAACAAUGCGUAUGAGACUUGUGUUCAAGAUAUGCAAGGAGUAUUGCAGAAAACUUCGAAAGCUCCAAAGAAAAAUGUUCUAAAAUCUCUUUUUCACAAGACUCCAAAAGACAUUAAGAAAAUGGAGGGUUCAAAAUUAGAAGCACUAGAUGGUGCUACUUUAAAAGAAUCCUCGUCUUCCGAACCAAAUUGCUCUGAAAAGAAAGAAAAGGAGAUACUUUAUGUAAACACAACAGAGUUGGUCUGCGAGCAUGAUAGACGGAAAAUCAAGGAUUCAAAAGAAGGUGACCCAGACAAGGAAAAUCCCAAGAACACAAAAACUAAACCAAUGGUUCUCCCAAAACCCAAGACAGGCUCGUCGUAAGAAACACUACCUUUAUGUAUAUUUUGGAAUCUGUUCCUUGUUUUAUGGAAAGGAAGCUGAUAACACAAGACACAUAUCAUGUUUUUUUUUGUUUUUUUUUUUACUUUCAUUACAUAAUCGAACGUCAUUACAAGUAAAGCGUAAUAUUUUUUGCAGUUUCUUGUAUCAUGUACAUGUAUACAAUUUAACCUGCUUAUUUUAUAAAUAUGCAGUGCUACUUGUAAUAAGGAAAUCUUUACAAUAGGAAAGUUAGAUCUUUCGCUGUAGUUCUUAAGGAGGCUGGAUUGUCAACAAAUUAACCAUCAGAUCUUCCUUGUUUUAAGAUAUGAUUUGUUUUGCUAGGGACUAUUAUCUGGUAAAGAAAAAGUCCACAUAUUUUACGUUUUAAAUUUCGAUAUUUUCCUGUUCUUUUACAUGGAUUUCUUAUUCUAAAGGAGUUCAAAACAGUUUAAAAAUUGCGACAACCAUCUCAAAUACUUUUUUGUAUGGAUUUCUUGUAUUUCGCUUUU